AUGGGAAAAGUUCAUCCUCAAGCACUACAUUCCUCUACUACCUGCAAUUUCACUUGCAAGCAAGAGACUUUUACUCUAUGGAUGAAAUCUCUUGUACUGAAUGGAAAGGGAUGUACUGUCUUUGAUUCCAAUGGCCAAAUUGCAUACCGAGUUGAUAACUACAACUGCAAGCAUAGAGAUGAAGUUCAUCUCAUGGAUCAAAAUGGUGAUAUAUUGUUCACUAUGCUCAAAAGGCUAUAUAAGUUGUCCAGAUUCUGGGAGGGUUAUAGAUUUCCAGCAACAAGAAAUGACCACAAAGGACCAUGCUUUCGAGUUUCAAAAAGUUAUAAGAUCUCUAGAGGGGAUUCAAUCUAUGAAGUUGAACUUGGUUUGGACAAAAAUCAACCGUAUAUUCAUAAAAUAGAAAGCAGCACUUGUAAUUCAGCUUGCAAAAUAUCUAAUCAGUUUGGAGCGGUGGUUGCAGAGUUAAGGAGAAAGAAGUCACGUUGUGGAGUUGAGUUAGGAGAUGAUGUUUUCACAAUGGUGGUGGAGCCAAACAUUGAUCUUUCCCUAGUUAUGGGGCUUGUUGUAGCAUACAAUCUUAUAAACUGUAAAAUCUAA